UCUCUCCGGCACAUGCAGAGCGCACAUGCACUAGGCGGCUUUUCAACUCGCGCUCGAACAAGCACGUCUAAUACCCCAGCUCAAAUGAAAGUGCGCGGUGUGGCACUACAUCAGGGAGAGUUAGAGGGGCACGCGAGUCCAAAGGAACCGCACGCGUUCUCAGUAAGGUCCCUUAGUGGCACUACCCAAGUCACCUGAACGGGACGGAUGUGGGUGUGAGGGGUGUGUGCUGUGAUGAUAUCGCCAGGGUGGGGUGCUCAAGUUUUGACAGUCCAUCCCUGUGCACAGUGUUGGCGAGAUUUAUUCUGAAUUCUUCACUAUAGGCAAUACAACGCAGCGCGCGUACCAGACCAAAGAUAUAGACAGCCAGAGAGAACUGCAGAAAGCUCUGCGCACCUGACACAGCUCGAGCUCGAGAUUUAUUUCGCACACUUACCUCCUGUUUUAUGCACUACUGUUUGAUUUUUCUGUGCUUUUGGUAUUUUUCACUUUUCCGGCUUCCUCGACACCUUUUUCACCUUGUGCACAUACUGAGGAUCUGAGCCUAAUCGACAGAAAGAUCGGACAAGACAUAUCAAGGAUGGACAGCAACUCUGGAGGUGUAAUAUUAUAUGCUGGCUCCAGUGGCAGUGCCAGCCCAAGCCCAGGCAGCCCAUCCAGUGGGUACCAGACUCAGUCGCCUUCCACACACUCACAGCCUUCAUCCCCAGAGGAGGUCACCUUUACAGAGAUCGGCGCUCUUAAACAACAAGGCACCAGUGGAACUCCCUCCUCUCCCAAACUGGUGUUUCAAUUCCCAGAGAUCUACAGCAGCUCAACACCAUCCUCCAACCAGAAUACAUACUCACACCCAAUUGCAGGAAAGAGGCCAUGUGGCUUUACUGGCACCUUCACAAAGGCAGGGGGUAUGGUCCUACUCUGUAAAGUGUGCGGUGACAUUGCAUCAGGGUUCCAUUAUGGAGUUCAUGCAUGUGAGGGCUGCAAGGGUUUCUUUCGCCGCAGCAUUCAGCAGAACAUUAACUACAAGAUGUGCAUGAAGAAUGAGAACUGCCUGAUCAUGCGCAUGAACCGCAACCGUUGCCAGCACUGCCGCUUCAAGAAGUGUCUGGCUGUGGGCAUGUCCCGUGAUGCUGUGCGCUUUGGCCGCAUCCCUAAACGUGAGAAGCAGAGGCUGCUGGAUGAAAUGCAGAGCUACAUGAACAGCCUGAAUGAGUCAGCCAGCUUAAACGUAGCCUCCUCCCCUCCUUGUGAUCCCCCUGCCAGCCCAAUGGAGAUCCAACCCAAAGAAACGAUCGGCUCCAUUGCAAAAGCCUAUCAGGACAUCUUCCCAAAUGCUCCUGACCGUCUAACAAAGAGAGCAGCUGGCAGCAACAAUGGCAGCAGUGGGUCAACCUCCUUUCAGAGCUCCACUCCUCAGGAAAGCAGCUUCUCUCGUCUUAAUCCCCCUGCAACAUAUCACACUGGAGUACCUGUGGGUUACACAGUAGCUGGUCUCUGCCCUAGACAGCAAAUGUCCAGUGACAACAAAUGCCCACUGGAUAACAGUCAUUAUCAAAACCAUGCUCAGUCCAAUCAAAUCCCAUGCCAGUCUACAGUUAACCCGUCUCCGCAGGCCAAUUACGGCAGUAGUUAUGCAGCUGGCGAGAUGCAGGCUCAGACCUCAUGCCCGUGGAAGCUGGUUGCAGGCUCCAAAGUACUGGCCUGCCCUCUAAACGCAUGCCCAGUUUCAGCGCCAGGCGUCUCGAGCCAGCAGGUGUGGGAGUCUUUCUCUCAGUGUUUUACCCCUGCAGUGCGGGAGGUGGUGGAGUUUGCCAAGGGCAUCCCAGGGUUUCAAGAUCUGUGCCAACAUGACCAGAUCAUGUUGCUCAAAGCUGGCACAUUUCAGGUGCUAAUGGUGAGGUUCUGCUCGCUGUUUAACCCAAAAGACCGGACAGUGACAUUUCUAAAUGGACAGGCUUACCCACUGGCGACACUGCGCACAUUGGGUAUGGGAUCCCUGCUGGAUGCCAUGUUUGACUUCUCUGAGAAACUGGCCUCCCUUAACCUGGAAUCUGAUGAGAUGGCACUUUUCAUGGCAGUGGUCCUAGUCUCUGCGGACCGAACUGGUGUUUCUGACACGGCAGCGGUGGAGCAGUUACAGGAGAGUCUGAUCCGGGCGCUACGAGCCUUGGUUUACCGUCGUCAUCCUGAUGACAGUGCACUUUUCCCCAAGCUGUUGCUGCGCCUGCCAGACCUGCGCACCCUCAAUACCUUGCACUCAGACAAGCUGCUCAACUUCCACAUCGACCCAUGAGCGGCCAGCUGCCAUGAUUGCUCAUAAAGAAAAUGACUUUCAUUUCGCAGAACAUUUCACCAUUUCUGUUAUCAGCUUGGUUGAAACGGCUUUGCAGAAACAACUUUGUAUGAUUGAGCGGACAGGGACACGAAAAGGCGGUUGUUUUAACUGACCAGAGACAUGAUCUGCUCUUCUUUCCAAGUUAUAUUCCAUGACACAAUGCCCAAAUCUCAACUUCCUCAAAAGCACCUCAAAUACUUUUCCAACAGACAUGGAUUUCAAAAAGAGUCAGUUUCCUAUUCAUAUCAUGACUAACCAGCUACUGUACUGUAUAAGGAACCAACCAAAUGUUUGGUGUCCUGUUUGGAUCAUUUUCACCUGUUUUUUUGUUUUUGUUUAGCAGAGCUAGUCUGCACCCAAGACCACAUAUAGAAAUAAUGAAUAAAGUAUAGGGACAAUUUAAACAUGAACAUCAACAUAAAUGAAAAGAAUUUCCAUGUACAGAACAUAAAUAUUACAACCAUGUCAUUCAUGUCAUGCAGUUGUUUAUCAUGUAUGUAUCAUAAGUGUUAGUGUAAUAUUAAAUAGCACAAUAUAACUGUAUCAUUAAGCACAAAACCUCUGAAGAGUUAUUUCACAUUUUGAAAGAAAUCUAGAAAUAUUAGUCUUUCAUCCUGGCAAAAUACAUGACAUUUCUAUUCCUGUUCUGUCGUGGACAUACAGUAGUACAUACAGUAUAUUAUUGUCUCUUGCUCGAGACAAAACCAGCAGCCACCAUAACCCAAGCAUGUUUUGUAGAAGCUUAUUUUCCUGUUCUGUUGCUGUAAAUAUUAUGGCUGCAGGUACGUGUGACUGAGGCAAAACAGAGAGAGACCAGUAAGGGUUUGGGUGCCUUCUGAAGAAACGUUGUGUCUAACAUAUGGUUGUGAAAAAUAGCAAGAAGUAACGAAAGAUCCGAUUACACCAGCAAAGACCUCCAAUAGCCUUUACUGAGUGUUAGAGGUCUAAUCGAGACAUUUGGACUGGAGUACAGAAGAUUUGUAUUGUAUGUGUGGAAUAAUGGUUGAUAAAACAAUGUGAUGUAUAUUUUGUAAAUUAUAUCCUUCCAUAGAA